AUGAGUGAGGCAGCUGUUUGCAAUGGAUAUGAUCAACAGGAGACUAUCUCACAAACAGAAACUACGAUCACUCCAAGCUCAUCAAGUUCAAGGGCAAAAACAUGGUCCGAGGAACAAGAGCAUGUUUCUCCAGAGCAUGUUAGUCGAUUUGAUGAGGGUGAUACGAAGAAUAACAAGACAAAAGAGCUUGAGGUGUUGAGCAGUCCACUGGACCAUGAGGAAGCAGAUAUAGUGGAAUGUAUCUCGGCAAAAUCUAGCAGAAUGACAUUGUCUGAUGGAAGAUUCAAUGAUAAAACACGAUCCUUUGAUGAAGAAAGCACUUCAUCUAAUUCACAGUCGGCUAAACCAGAUCCAGAGGCAGCACCAAGAUGCUAUGUUGAUGAAACUGAAAAUGGUAGCGAGUGUAGAGAAGUUGCUAUUGACUGCUUGUCAACCGAAUGCGAUGGUUCACUUCUAAACAAAGACGAGCUAGAAAAGAAAUCGACCAUGUCACUAGCCGCAUUAGCUAGUAAGGAGGACAAAGACGACUGGGGUAAUCCCACUGAGCAAAGAGCUGAAGCUUUAGAGUUUCUUUUGGAGGUUUGUGUGCGACUACUUAAGCAGGAAAAGUCUAGAGAAACAGCAAUCCGGUUGACAAAAAGUCUCAUGACUGCACAAAAGUUGUCCAAGGGGUCGUGA